AUGGUCUGUGCUGCUGUCGCGGUUCCUGGGCUGUUGCGAAGCUCUGCUGGGACCGUCUGCACUCCGGCUGCCUCGCUGAGGCUGACAGCCAGCGCUCUGCGCCAUCUGACUCUAGCAAGCAUAAUGAAAUCCAAAAGGAAAACUGAUCACUUGGAGAGAACUGCCAAUGUUGUUCGUCGGGAGAUGGUGUCGGCUGCUAAGGUGUGUGGGGCUGCUGAUGAAUCGCCAUCAGUGAAGAGGCUCCACCUGCGUGUUGCUGAUAAAGACUUUUCUUUUAAAGCUGGCCAGUGGAUUGAUUUCUUUAUCCCAGGAAAAAAAAUGGUUGGUGGGUUCUCAAUAUGCUCCAGCCCCAGACUACUAGAACAAGAGAGAAUGAUAGAAUUAGCAGUGAAAUAUGCGAACCACCCUCCUGCUCUCUGGAUAAAAAAACAGUGUACACUUGACUCUGAAGUGGCCGUAAAAAAAGGUGGAGAGUUCUUCUUUGACCCGCAGCCUGCAGAUGCCUCUAGAAACAAAAAAAUGAUCGCAGGAGGAGUCGGAAUUAACCCUCUGCUCUCCAUCCUGCGGCAAAAAAACGACCUCCACAGAGAACGGGCCCACAGAGGGAGCGGCUACGAGAUGGGGACGAUAAAGCUGUUCUACAGUGCCCAAAAUACCAGUGAGCUCCUGUUUAAGAAAAAUAUCCUCGAUUUAGUAAAUGAAUUUCCUGAAAAAAAAGCGUGCAGUUUGCAUGUUACGAAACAGACAGCCCAAAUCAGUGCAGACCUCAAGCCAUACAUCACGGAAGGAAGAAUAACGGAGAAGGAGAUAAGAGAUCAUAAAAAAAAAGAGACUUUGUUCUAUAUUUGUGGCCCACCUCCCAUGACAGACUUUUUCUCCAAGCAACUGGAAAACAGCCACGUUCCCAAAGAACACAUUUGCUUUGAGAAGUGGUGGUAG